ACGAGCCCACAUCCUCCUGUUGGCAGAGCUCGCUCUCUCGCUGCUGCUCGCCGGAAUCCAUGGCGAUCGAUCGUGAUCCUUUCUGUUCUCUGGUGUUUCUCGCAUUCUUAGCGGUAUCGUUUUCGGUGGGGGAUUCGGAGUACAUUGCUUACAAUACUACGCCGAGCAUCAUCCCAGACAAGCUCAAUGUCCACAUCGUCGCGCAUACCCACGACGACGUUGGGUGGCUCAAGACCGUCGACCAGUACUACGUGGGCUCCAACAAUUCCAUCCAGGGAGCAUGUGUUCAGAACGUUCUUGAUUCGAUCAUUCCUGCACUGUUGGCGGACGAGAAUCGCAGGUUCAUCUAUGUGGAACAAGCGUUCUUUCAGCGAUGGUGGAGGCAGCAGAGUGAUGCGAUUAAGAAGACAGUGAAGGAGCUCCUCAGCUCUGGCCAAUUGGAACUCAUAAAUGGAGGCAUGUGCAUGCACGAUGAAGCUACAGUUCACUAUAUUGAUAUGAUCGAUCAGACAACCCUUGGGCACCGAUAUAUCAAGCAAGAAUUUGGGAUCAUACCAAGGAUUGGUUGGCAGAUAGAUCCUUUUGGACAUUCAGCAGUGCAAGCUUACUUACUUUCUGCUGAGGUUGGAUUUGAUGCUCUUUACUUUUUUCGGAUGGACUACCAAGACAAGGAAAAGAGGAAAGAGUUAAAGAGGCUUGAGGUUGUGUGGCGGGGUUCUAAGUCGCUUGGCUCAACUACAGAAAUAUUCGCUGGUAUAUUUCCAAAGAACUAUGAACCUCCCCCUGGUGGUUUUUACUUUGAAGUGAAUGAUGAUUCUCCUGUUGUUCAGGAUGAUCCUCUUUUGUUUGAUUACAAUGUUCAAGAGCGUGUGAAUGAUUUUGUGGCUGCAGCUAUAUCACAGGCAAAUAUUACCAGGACAAAUCAUAUAAUGUUUACAAUGGGGACAGAUUUCAAGUAUCAAUAUGCAAAUUCAUGGUUUAGGCAGCUGGAUAAAUUCAUUCAUUAUGUCAACAAAGAUGGGCGGGUCAAUGCCUUGUAUUCUACACCUUCCAUCUAUACUGAUGCAAAGUACGCAUCUAAGGAAUCCUGGCCUUUGAAGACUGAUGACUUCUUUCCUUAUGCAGAUAAUCCAAAUGCAUACUGGACUGGUUACUUCACAAGUAGGCCAGCCUUAAAAGGUUAUGUGAGACUGAUGAGUGGCUAUUAUCUGGCUGCCAGGCAAUUAGAAUUUCUCAAAGGACGAAAUAGUUUUGGCCAUACAACGGACAGUCUGGCUGAUGCUUUAGCUAUUGCUCAACAUCAUGAUGCUGUCACUGGAACAGAAAAGCAACACGUAGCAAAUGAUUAUGCCAAACGACUAUCAAUAGGCUAUUCACAGGCGGAGAAGCUAGUUGGAACUUCUCUUGCUUGCUUAACAGAGUUGAACUCAACUUCAGAUUGCGACAACAUUACAACAAAAUUUGAACAGUGUCCUCUUUUGAACAUAACCUAUUGCCCUCCAUCCGAAGUGGAUUUGUCUCAUGGAAAAACAUUGAUUAUUCUUGUCUACAAUUCUCUUGGUUGGAAACGGGCCGACGUUAUCCGUAUACCUGUUAUCAGUGAAUCUGCUGUUUAUGAUUCUAAGGGAAAUGAGAUUGAAUCACAGCUUUUGCCAAUAUCAGAUGCUUCAGUUAACUUCAGAAAUAACCAUGUUAAGGCAUAUACAGGCUUUUCUCCUAGUACCACACCCAAAUUUUGGCUUGCCUUUCCAGUUUCUGUACAGCCACUUGGCUUCAAUACGUAUUUUGUAAAAAGUGCAAUUGGGAAAGGGUCAGUUUCUGUAACAUCGACCUUUUAUUCAUCACAACAAAGUACAAAUGGAAAUAUUGAAGUUGGGCAAGGAAAUCUAAAGCUUCUAUAUAAUGUGGAUGAUGGAACUCUGACUCAUAUUUUGAAUACACGAAGUCUGGUAAAAACUACUAUGGAACUUUCAUACAGUUACUAUGCUGGAGACAGUGGACGUGGUAGCGACCCUCAGGCAUCUGGAGCAUACAUAUUUCGGCCAAAUGGUACAUUUCCUAUAGCACCGAAAGAGGAGGCACCAGUGACAAUUGUACAAGGACCCAUAUUAGAUGAAAUACAUCAGCAGAUAAGUCCAUGGAUAUAUCAGAUUUCCCGGGUUUACAAGGGAAAGGAGCAUAUAGAAGUCGAGUUUACUGUUGGGCCAAUACCAGUGGAUGAUGAAAUUGGAAAGGAAAUAGUGACCAAAAUUACAACAGGCAUGCUGACAAACAAAACUUUCUACACAGAUUCUAAUGGAAGAGAUUUUCUGAGAAGGGUCCGAGAUUACAGAUCAGACUGGGACAUUCAAGUCAACCAACCUGUCGCUGGAAAUUACUAUCCUAUCAAUUUGGGAAUUUACAUUCAAGAUAAUAAUACAGAACUUUCUGUUCUGGUAGACCGUGCUGUUGGUGGUUCUAGCAUUGUGGAUGGACAAAUUGAGCUGAUGCUUCAUAGGAGGCUGCUACAUGAUGAUGGUCGUGGUGUAGGAGAGGCACUUAAUGAAACAGUUUGUGUUGAUGAUGAAUGUGAAGGACUAACUGUUCGAGGUAAAUUCUACAUAAGAAUUGAUCCUCUUGGAGAAGGAUCUAAAUGGCGCAGGAGCUUUGGCCAGGAGAUAUAUUCUCCACUCCUCCUAGCAUUCUCAGAACAGGAUGGUGGUAACUGGACAAGCUCACAUAUUACAGAAUUCUCAGCAUUUGACCCCUCCUACAGUUUACCAGAUAAUGUUGCUCUCGUAACUCUCCAGGCACUUGAAGAUGGAAAUGUUCUCCUCCGUUUGGCACACCUUUAUGAGGUCAGAGAAGACAAGGACCUCUCAUCUAUUGCCUAUGUGAAGCUUACGAAGAUGUUCCCUGGGAAAAAGAUCACCAACAUAAUAGAGACAAACUUGUCUGCUAAUCAAGAGAGGUCUGAGAUGGAGAAGAAAAGACUGAAGUGGCCAGUUGAGGGUUCUACUAGAGCUGAAGCCAUCGUCAGGGGAGGACCUGUUGAUGCUUCCAAACUGGUCGUGGAGCUUGCUCCUAUGGAGAUUCGCACUUUUUUGAUAAAAUUUGAUUACAUUACCUUUGGCAAAAUAGGGGAUCGCUGAAAAUGUUUAACUCAUACCUAGUUCCACUUGUUAUGUGAAUGUUUCUUUCUAAUAAUGGUGGAAAAAAACUUCCAUUUCACCGUAA